AUGAUGCAUGAGCCUAAAGCGGAGCUACGGCUGAUAACUGUUGCUUUUAAUGAAGCGUCUACCGAUUCACCCUCUUUCAGAGCUUCGGUCAACUACUUCCAUACAAAAAUGGAGUCUUUGAACGGUUGGUUGCAGAAUGCUGUAGAUUACGUGGAAAAUACGUACAGACCUUCAUUUGAAGAUUUUCAAAGGAUAAAGGAAACGCUAUUCUCACAAUUGCUGCCUUCUCCCAUAUUACUUUCCAAUGGGUUUGUAAGCAACCAAGCAUACACUCCACUGCUUGUAAGAGAUUUUGCUAAAGACAUCAAUGAUCUUUCGAAUACAGUUCUGAAGAUAAUUCUGGGCGACGAAAACUCUCAAUAUACUACAGCCUUGACAGCUCUAAGUUCAGAUGCCAUCGAUCCUUAUCUUAGCUCAAGAAAAAACUUUGAAUAUUACCAGAGAAAACACGAUUCAUUUAUGAACGAUUUUCUGGCAUCUAGUAAUGAUGGCGAUUCUCUGACCCCACAAAAUCUUCAAAAUGAAACGUUGAAGUUGUUCGAUAUCAAGCAUAAAUAUGUAGAAGCUUCGUUGGAUUUAGUCGAAGCUAUUUCGUUAAUGAAGGUUAAUUUGGAUAAGUUUCUGGUUGAAACAAUAGAUAUUAUACGCAAGAAUAAUAUGAUCACAACCAAAGAUACCAAGGAUGUCACUGAUAUUACUCCUGAACUCACGGAAACGCUAAAAGAAUGGUCCGACUGGAUAGAAAAUAACCUUCAGACAUUCCAGGCUUUGUCAUCUAAAUCAUCUGAAGCCAAGCGUGCCAUUCUCAAACUCACCCUGGCACGGUUGAAGCCAUCUCGUUUGUUGCAGGAUUAUGACCUCAACGUCAUACAAAACCUGAAAUUUAACUCACCCAAAUCAGCUAGCGGUAAGGUAAUCCAUGAACAAAAAGGAAUAUCAGGGUGGCUUUACAUGAGAACAACUGUCGGCCAUAAUCCUAAAAGAGUUGUGUGGGUAAGAAGAUGGUGUUUUUUACAUAAUAGCAUUUUUGGAGUUUUCUCACUUUCACCUAACAAGACUUACGUCGAAGAAACAGAUAAGUUUGGUAUAUUAUGGAUUAGUGUAGAAUAUUUGCCAAAAGAAUCUAGGAAUUUCUGUUUCAAAUUGAAAAUUCAGAACCCCAACAACAAAACAGGUGAAGAAAAUACACACAUUGAUAUUAUUUUACAGGCUGAAAGUGUUGGCGAGUUAAAAGCUUGGAUUGGUAUGUUCAACUUUCAUAAACAGUACGCCUUGUCGAUAAAGGAUACAAACAAUCCUCGAUACCAACUAGCCAUAAAAAAGAUCGAACCUCAAUUUUUCGAGUUUGCAUCUAGCACUUCGACCUCAACUGACAAAUUAUUAACCUCACUUUCUGGUAGUACUUUAACACUGGUAGAGGAAUUAAAAAAAAAUUACCUGUCAGAAAACGAUAUUGACUCUAUUAUUGAUAAUAGGGCUUAUCAUUUAAAGGUGAUAUCUACACCGAUUUUCACGCAACUGACUCAGUUGGCUUUAUUCUCCACAUAUUUGUCUGUGUCAAGUUACUACCCAGGUGCCACCCAAGCAAAUGUAUGGGGCGCAGCGAAUUGGAAUGACUUUUCUUACUUAUAUAAUCCAAUCGGGGAUAAAUCUGUACACGAGCCGCCCAAAGUGUCAAGUGCCUCUAGAUUUUCUGUCACUUAUCCUGAAUAUUACCCAUAUAAUAUGAAAAUCGAUGAUAUACAAUUCAGGUCCAUUUUUUUUUCAGUGAAUUAUGAUUUUUUAGAAGUCCCCAAAGAAUUAGUUCUUUUAAGAUAUUCAUCUGUUUGGUAUCCAAAUAAUAAACAAAAAUUUUCGUCUAUGGCGUUCGUCACUCUCAAUAAUAUCUAUGUCUACUUGAACAUUUCAGGUUUCUCGUACUUGAGAAAGAUCGACCUAUUAGAUAUCGACUCAAUUGAAUAUGACAGGGGCCCAAAACACGCUUCUUCAAGGAUGCUGCACAUGCAAAAGAGUGAUGGGGUGAAAUUCAAUAUGUCCAUCUUCUUUACUGAUCGAAGAGCAGUCGCUUCCAAGUUACAAUUCUUGGUAGAAAAUAAAGCAAUGCACGGUCCAAAGGGUGAAAAGGAGGUUUUGGAAGUAUUUCAAAGAUUAGAUGAAGAGAUUAAAAACGAAAGGAAUGUUAUCAAAAAUAAUCUAUCCGAAGUAGAACUUUACUCGAAAGAACACUUAUUGAAGAACACCUAUGAUUUACAUUUUGAAAACACUGAAGAAACACCAGUUGAAUUAAUGAGCCGGAAAGUGCGUUUGGAAGGGGAAGCCCAAUUCUAUUUUCAAGAUAAUUACAGAGUAGGAAGCAAGACCUUAUUUCACGUGCUGUUUGGGGAUAAGUCCCAAGUUUUUCCCAGUUCAUUAUUUCUUUGUAAAAAGGGCAGCAACAUGAACAAUUCUACUUAUUGGGAGUGCAUCAAGCAUACAGAACAGGACGAUAAUUGCCAAUUUGAGCUUGUUCGUAAGUUACAGUUUCAACUAAACAGGACUUCUAAUUACAUCAAAGAACAGUUCUGCUUGAAGAAUGAUAAUGACAAUUAUAAAAUAUCUCUUGCACAGCGCAUAGUGAAGAUAAAACAAAAUUACUACUACGAAGUAAAUGAAGGUCCAUUUAUUGUGAAAUUUCCGCUAUGCCAUCCUUUAGUUGUCAGUGUGAAGUUUAUCAUUGCAGAAUGUAUCACUUCUCAAGGCGAAUCACUAAAAAAGUGUGAUCUAGCAAUAUUGUACAAUUUCAAAUUCAUUGAAUCUGUUGACCAGAUGGAUACGAAGGUUAAAAAAUUGUGGCUUUUAGAAAAUAUCCAUCUUGGUUGGGUAUUAAGAUUUUGUAAAAUUGAACAUUUUGCAAUCAAUAAGAAAGUUAGAGAGUACCUAAAAAAAUUUAACGAUAGGGAAAGGAUGAGUGAUGUCAUCAAACUGUGCGGGUUCCUAGGUGUUUUACCUACAAAAAGUUCACAGAGCAAGAAAAAAACAGAUUAUAACAUGCAACCCGUACAGAUCAAUUACGAUUUUCUGUUGCUUUUGAAAAUUAUUACCAAACUAGCAGUUUUUUAUCUAAGCGGUUUUAUUAUUAGGACGACAAGGAUCCUGAUAGCGAUAAUAAUGUUAAUUUGUAGAUGUUUUGCGAAGUUCAACAAAUCCUUGUACUAUGGUCUUUUAAUGUCCGCACUAAUUAAUCUGGUCUUCGUUGGUAAGUCCAUUCAUUCUUAUUUCUCAGUGAAAAGAGCAGAAACUCUUUUUCAAAAUUAUGCCAAUGGUGGACAAGCAGAGCUUCAAAUCAUGCAUCGGUCUUUAACAGUUCCUGAUUUAAACGUUCUUACGGAAAAAAUGAUUGAUGAUGAUGAUCAAGCGGGUGUAGUGUUCAGACGGUUCGGGGAAGAGGAGAACUCAUACCAGUACAAGGAAACUAGACAAGAAAUUGCAAUUAAACGAAAUCAAGUGCUAGUGGAUUUAAGAAUUCUGCAGAGUACGGAGAACGAAUUGGUGCAAGGAAGCUACCGAAAGUUUUUAAUAACAGAAAGAGACAAGUGUCUUACCACAAAAACUGAAAUGCCUGAACUAUGGAUGAACGACCCGAAACUACAGGGUUAUUGUAACGAAUGCUUUGCAGAAUAUGAACGAUUAUCUACCAUCCCGGUUUAA